AUGCCGAAAGCAGUCACAUCAAACUCGACAGCACGCCAAGAGCGACGACACAAUCCUCUGAGUGAAGAAUACUCGCCCUCAGCACCUCUGAAGCAAAAAGCAGGAAAGAAGAGGAAAUCUACGAGUGAAGCGAAUGGACAGGACGGAUACGUCGAUAGCAAGGCGUCGCGACGGAUUCUGGACCUCGGACAGGAUCUUGCAGCAGAAGAUGAGGCGGAGAACAAACCAAAGAGGCCAGCAGCAGAAAACACAGCAUUCGCAUUCGAGAGUCGGUUUCGGCCAGAAGAUCUUGAGGACGAGGAGGGAGGCGCAGAGCAGGGCGAGUACGAUGAUGAAGAGGCGUGGGGAUCAGAAGAGGAGUUAGAGGAGAUUGAGGUGGAUCCGAACGAUCUGGAGAUGUUCAACAAAUUCAACCCAUCAUUCGACCCUGCGACAUUACUACAACCGAACAAUGGCGAAGAAGAGGAGGCACAAGGACCUGGCACAAAUCUUGCGGAUCUGAUAUUAGAGAAAAUCGCAGCGCAUGAGGCGGCGCAACAGGGACACCCAGAUGGUGGACUACAGGUACAAGGAGGCGGCGAUCCAGAAGACGCAGUUGAACUGCCGGCCAAGGUGGUUGAGGUCUACACACAAGUCGGCCUUCUUCUCUCACGGUACAAGUCCGGCAAACUCCCCAAACCUUUCAAGAUUCUCCCAACUCUCCCACAAUGGGACAUCCUCAUCUCCAUCACCCGCCCAGACAGCUGGACACCCAACGCCGUCUACGAAGCCACCAAGAUCUUCACCUCCACCCGACCAGCAGUCGCGCAAGCCUUCUGCAACGACGUCCUCCUCCCACGAGUCCGCGAAGACAUCCGCGAGACCAAGAAGCUGAACGUCCAUCUCUACAAGGCCCUCAAGAAAGCACUCUACAAACCCGCAGCUUUCUUCCGCGGCUUCCUCUUCCCACUCGUCGGCUCGGGCACCUGCACACUGCGAGAAGCGACUAUUAUCUCUUCCGUCCUCGCGCGAGUAUCGAUACCCGUCCUCCACUCCGCCACGGCCCUCUACCGACUUUGCGAGAUCGCAGCCGAGCAGAUGAUGCACGAUGUCGAAUCUGCUGGUGCUUGCAACAUCUUCAUCCGGACACUCCUCGAGAAGAAGUACGCCCUGCCAUUCCGCGUAGUGGAUGCCUUGGUCUUCCAUUUCAUGCGAUUCAAAGCCAUGCAGCAGGAAAUGGGAGACGACGUGAGCAUGUCAGGGACUGGAGCUGGAGGGAAGAGAGAUCCCAAGCUGCCAGUGCUGUGGCAUCAGUGCUUACUUGCUUUCGCGCAGAGAUACAAGAAUGAGAUCACGGAGGACCAGAGAGAGGCGCUGCUAGACUUGCUGCUGGUGAAGGGACACAAGCAGAUCGGACCAGAGGUCAGGAGAGAGCUGCUAGAGGGCCGAGGACGAGGAGUUGUUGUGGAGCCGAGUAUGAAUGAUGGGGGCGAUGAUACCAUGAUGGACGCUUGA